CUCAGAAAGAUCCUCCUUGAGAAAGUCUCGGAUCCAAGCUCAAAAGAUUCCAGCGUGGAUAUGCAACAAAUGUUUUCUAUGACCGCGUUGGAUAUCAUUGGCCUCGGUGGAUUCAACUAUUCAUUCAAUGCCCUUCGAGAUGGAGAUGAGGCUAGUGAGCUCAGCCGUGCGUUCCAUGGAACCUUCCGUGCAAGCAGUGGACUUGGUGCUCUCGUCAUCACUUUUGACCAGAGAGAGCGGGAAAUCCAAAAGGCUAGAAGGUCGAUGAACAAAAUCGGGAUGGAGCUCGUCAAGCAAAAGCAAGAGGCAAUCACUAUGGAGCACGAAGGAUCCAAACUGGGUGUCAAGAAGGACAAGGACUUGCUUUCGCUAUUGAUUCGGUCCAACAU